CUCUCUCUCUCUCUCUCUCUCUCUCUCUCUAAUUGCUCUCAAAGUGCAACCGCAAACAAACAUCCCCUCACUACCAUUUCCUCCUUUUUCUUCUCCAUCCGUAUACUGUUCUACAUAAAAAAAAAGAGGCCCUCUGAAGUCUUCCGCUACAGUUUCUUUGAACUGUUUUAUGUUCUUAGGUUUCUCACCGGCAACAUGAAGGACAAGCUCUUCCAGCACCAUUAUCUUCAGCAGCAGCAGCAGCAGCAGCAGCAGCAACGGCAGCCGCAGCAGCAGAAGAGCCUGUCUGAUGAAGUCGACAGCGGCAGGAGCAGCGGGGAGAGCAAGAAGCCAAAGCUCGAUGAGCAGAAGGAGCAAACAAGGGGAGAUGGAUCGACAAUCGAGGUGGUCAAGAGACCGCGGGGGCGGCCGCCGGGGUCCAAGAAUAAGCCGAAGCUGCCGGUGGUGAUCACCAGGGAAGCGGAGCCCUCGGCGGCGAUGCGGCCGCACGUGCUGGAGAUCCCCGCGGGGCACGACGUGGUCGACUCCCUCGCGGGGUUCUCCCGCCGCCGGAACCUCGGAAUCUGCGUUCUUUCUGGCACCGGCGCCGUCGCGAACGUCACGCUCCGCCAGCCGCACCUCGGAGGGGCGCCGCUGUCGGCGGGGGCUCCGGCCACGAUCGUGUUUCGAGGGCGGUUCGAGAUCCUGUCCAUCUCGGCCACGUUCCUGCCCCCGGCGAUGGAGGCGCUGUGCCCCGCCGCGGCCGGCGGGCUCUCGAUAUCGCUGGCGGGGCCGCAGGGACAGAUCGUGGGGGGCACGGUGGCAGGGCCACUGGUGGCCGCGGGGAUGGUAGUCGUGGUGGCGGCGGCGUUCUCGAACCCCACCUUCCACCGGCUCCCGGUGGAGGACGACGUAUCGGUCUCCGUCUCGGUCUCCGGCGGAGGCGGUGGCGACAUGGAGGAGCACGAGCAGCACAUGUACACCCAACAACAACCUCAGCGGCAGCAGCAGCAGCAUGAUCAUAGCCAGCGGCGCCACCAAGGGCCGUCGCCAACGGCUGCAGUGUCGAGCGGCAUGUCUCUCUACAGCAGCCACCUCCCAUCGGACGUCAUUUGGGCUCCCACCGCCCGCCCCCCACCCCCGCCGCCAUACUGAAGCUUCCCUCCAUUCCACCCCUCUUUGUUUUCCCUACUCCAAGACUCCUCUCUCUCUCUUUCUCUUUCUCUCUCUCUGGUCAUGAUCUUAAUAGUCUUUAGACAAGAUUUGAUGCUCUCUUAGCUUUCUUUGGUCGGGUGUCAUAGUUACGGCAUUGCGGUAAACAAUAUUGAAACUUAGUUCUCAGGUCGAAUUUAUGUAUCUGUAGUUGUCAUCCUGCUUCUCUUGUAUUAAAUCUGUACUGUCCUUUUGGUUCA